GGAAGGAGUUUGGGUUGGAAGCCUGAAUUCACUCUCUGAGCCCAGGACACUAAGAAGUGAAGACAUCAGGAUACCAAGGCCGGCCGAGACACACCUGUCAUCGAACGAGUUGGGUUUAUUACUCACCACGUGAUCCUACUAUGGCUGAAUCCCUUAGUGAGGUUUCUGGAAGUCUGGAAGUUCUGGAGGCCAAUGAUGAGGUAAAGAAGAAAUCCAAAUUCAAAGCCUUCAAGAACUUUUUUGGCAAGAGGAAGAAGAAAGAGCCGGAGGGUGCCCGGGGAGGGAGGAGGCUAAAGCCAAGCUUGUCCAGCGGCAGUAUUAACAUCUCUUCUCUGAAGCCGGUUCGGGAAGGUCAGCGCGCCGAGGCCAGGGCCAAGAGCAGCAUGGGCAGCAAAGCCCUGUCCCAUGACAGCAUCUUCAUGCUGGAUCCUGAGCCUGAAAUAUCAGUGCAUAGAAUCUGCCCCUCUCCAGAGCGCCAGAGAGGCAGACCUCGACAGAGAUCUCAAGCUUCCAGAACUCUGCCUAGAUCUGGGACUAGUGAUGUGCAUGGAGGUGUUUCGGGACUUGUGUUUGGAGCUGUGCCACGAUAUGUGCCCAGAAGUGGAAUCUGGAUUGGGGGCUCCAAGGUCGCUGAGUUCCCCUCACUGCGCCGACGCCACUCAAGCAGCAGUCCCCCUCUGAUCCGAUCUCACACAACCUCUGCUGAAUUUGAAGAAACCUCUGUUGAUGAGGAGUCACCUAAGAUCCCACAGAGGAAAGAUUUACCAAUCAAGAUUAUGUCAAUGAGGAAGGGGAAAGCAAAGCGAGAGGAGCCCAUCCUUCUAGUGGCUUCUGGAGAAGAGAAGAGUACAACCAAGACAAGAGAAACGGACAAAUGGAAAUCGAGAAGAGACGGUGCAGGUGUCUCAAGCCUGAAACACAGCAAGAGAACCGAAAUGCAGGAUAAGAAGCCAGUGGACAAGGCUGCAUGGGCCAGCGGGGCCUGGGGUGAGAGCCGGGAGUCAGUGGCACAAGGGAAACUUCGCAGCAAACAAGGAUCGAGUGCUUCAGGAUCGACUGAGUGUGCGCCUCGAGGAAGAAGGUUUAAACCAUCCAGUCGAGGGCUUGUCCCCAGUGAGAGGGCUGGGUCCCCACCUGCCAAUAAGAAUGCCAGGGACUGCCGUCUCCAGAACCUGUCUCUGGAGCGGCAAGUCAUGGAGCAGCCUGCGACUCGGCAGGCCCAACGCACUCCUCCCCAGGAGCCGCUUCCAGAUGGAGAUGGCAAGAGAAAGAGAAAGGCUGGCAUCGAUUUGAACACCAGAAAAGCCCUAGUGUCCCAGUCUGUACCCGAAGCCCGGGCAGAGUCUGUGGUUUGGGGUCCAUCGCCAGGCAGGGAGGACGGGGCCUCCGGAGCCGAGCAGCCAGAAGCCAGAGCUCCUCUUUCAUCCGGGACGGAAAGCCUUUCUACAGCUUCGGAGGAUGUCAUCUUCUCAGUGGCUAUGGAGGCACAAGUGUUUAUGGAUUCCUCCCACCUCCAGUCAGAAGGGGAGGAGGCUUUCAGCUUUGAUCUGCAAACUAUCAAGUUGAAGAUGGAGUCAGUUCAAGAUAUUCCAGCCGUCUGCAGAGAAAGGUCACCCGCAAACAUUCUCCGGGCCUUCACAGCAAGCAUUUCAGGCCCGGCGAGCGCUCGGGCCGAGGGAGGCAUUUCUGCCGAGAGGCUGACUCCCAGAAGCCUUUCCUGGGUCUUGAAAAAGCCUAGAGCCGGAGACGGGUCCUCGGAUCCCGAGAGCCCGUCAGAGGAGGACAGCGGACCCAAGCAGCAGCUGCUCCCCCGGGGUUCUCUCCAGUCCUCGGGGAAGCCUCACGAUGACCAAGACGUCUUCACAGGAUCCGAGAGUUCGGCUAGGGAGCUGAGCAGCCCCGAGCGGCAGCUGGCCGCCAGAUACUCGGCGGGGGCCUUUGGGAGCACGGAAGCCGAGGAAGCAUCCUCAGAUCCAGAGAGUGCAUUGGUGGAGGAGGAGAGUGGGUCCGAGCCGCAGCGGGCUCCCAGCCACCCCUUCCAGCCCUUGGAGGAGCCUGACGAUGACCAAGAAGCCUCAGACUCAGAAAGUUCCAGCAACUCGAGCGGUUCUGAUGAGCUGCUGACUCCCACCUCAGCUGCCCAGGCCUUGGGGGAGCCUGAAGACCAAAUGUUCACAGAAUCCGAUGGCUACGUGGAGAAGUACGACAGCGCUGAAGAGUGGAGCAGCGCGGACGAAUUAGGGCCUCCCGGACCCCCUUCCCAGGCCUCGGCGAAGCCCGCAAACCAGCAACAGGUGGCCUCAGUUUCCCAGAUCCUCUCGGCAGAGUGGGGUGUGUCCGUGGAGCGGCUGGCUCUGUCCUUCUCGAAGCCGAUCCUUCCGCAGCAAAUGUCCAAGGGUUCGGCGAGGCCUCCUGCCCCCAGCAGCAGCCCUGUGGAGCCCACGCCCACCCGUCAACCGGUCCAGCCCCGGCAGAGCCCUCAGGCAGAGCCACAGACCUCCGCGGGCCCCGACAGCACGGCUGCACAGUGGGACAUUCCUCCGGAGCCUCUGCCUGCCAGAAUCUCUUCCAAGCACCUGGGGAGGCCUUGGGUGGAGCAACCAGUCUCCAAAAGUCCAGAAAUUUCUACCGCUGUCGGGCUCUUUUCCGCGGAGCUGCUGCCACCGCUGCCUCCGAGGCCGCAUUCCCACCCGCUGCUGGAACCCAUCACCAAGCAAGCGUUCCAGGAGCCUGUGUGGGUCCCGGCUGUCGAGGGGAGCAUUUGCGUGGAGCUGCCGCCUCCCCGAUGUCCCUCCCAGACGGUCCUGAGGCCAGUCGUGGAGCAGCAGGUGUGCCUGGGAGCAGAAAGUGCUGGGGUCGACCAGAACGCCUUGGUGCAGCCACCGCAGCUCCCCAGACUCGACUCUCAGUCCCCGACGCGACCUCUGGUCCCACAACAGGCCCCCGACGGUCCAGAAAUGCCGGCCACUCCUGCGGAGCCUUGGUCUCUGCAAGGCCUUGCCCAGGCCUCCGUGAACCCCAUAGCGGAGCCCAGUGUGUUCUCGGGUCUGGAGGCCACAGCUGCCGCCGCUGAGAAGGUCAUUUCGAUGGAGCCCCUGCUCCCCACAUACUCUGCUCAGGCCUUGACCAAUGCGAGAGGUGCGCAAGCGUCGGAGGCUGAUGGCACCUGCACUGAGGGCGCAUCCGCGGAGCUGCCGCCCAGAGACCCCUCGCAGCCCGCCGUGUGGCCCAAAGUCCCGCCACAGCCCGCCCCACCAGAGCCGGUGGGUGCCUCCACCCCAGGUGCUGCCCUGGUGCCAGGCCCGGCAUCUCCCAGAACCGUCUACCGGUCCUGGUUGAGCUCCUCAUUCGAGCAGCAGGACUCCGAGCGCGAAGAGAGCGCUGCUCUGGAGUGGGGCAUUGCUCUGGAGCCUCGAGCUCCCCUGCCUCCACUGCCUCCCAGAAAGACUUCUCAGAACCCCAGGAGGCGGGCAGUGAAGCGAGCCGACUCCCGGCGAUCAGCGAGUGCCCCCCCACAACGGAGCAGUCCUCCAGAACAACGGAGCACGCCUCCAGAACAACGCAGUCCUCCAGAACAACGGAGCACGCCUCCAGAACAACAGAGUAUGCCUCCAGAACAAUGCAGUCCUCCAGAACAACGGAGCACGCCUCCAGAACAAUGCAGUCCUCCUCCAGAACAACAGAGAGUGCCUCCAGAACAACAGAGCACGCCUCCAGAACAACAGAGCGCGCCUCCAGAACAACGCAGUCCUCCUCCAGAACAACAGAGCGUGCCUCCAGAACAAUGCAGUCCUCCUCCAGAACAACAGGGCGCGCCUCCAGAACAACAGAGCACGCCUCCAGAACAACAGAGCGCGCCCCCAGAACAACGCAGUCCUCCUCCAGAACAACAGAGCGUGCCUCCAGAACAAUGCAGUCCUCCUCCAGAACAACAGGGCGCGCCUCCAGAACAACAGAGCACGCCUCCAGAACAACAGAGCACGCCCCCAGAACAACACAGUCCUCCUCCAGAACAACAGAACGCGGCUCCAGAACAGCACAGUCCUCCUCCAGAACAACAGAGCGUGCUUCCCGAACAACAGGGCGGACCUCCAGGGCAGUGCAACCCGCCUCCAGAACUAAGCAGUGCUCCUACAGAACAACAGAGUGCACCUCUGGAACAACAUAGUGCUCCUCCAGAACAAAGGAGCGUGCCUCCAGAACGACGCAGUGCCCCUGCCGAGCCAAAGCUUCCCAGAUGCUCUGUCAGGUCCCGGGGCAGCACAAAAGUCAAGCAACCUGUCUCAGAGGCUCUAGAGGGCGCAGAAGCCCUGAGGAGAAUUGCUAUGGAGCAUCACUCUCUCAGAAGGUCUUCUAAGACCAAAGCAGUGGUCAAGCAAGCAGCCUUCCUGGCUCCAGAUGGCUCUAUGGCCCAGAAGAGCAUUUCUACAGAGCAGCCCCCUCCCAGAAUGGCUUCUCAGGCCCUGACAAAAACAGUGGUCAAGCAACCAGCCUUCCUGGUUCCAGACAGCUCCCUGACCCAGAGGAGUGUUUCCUCAGAUCAGGUCUCUUCCAGAAUGGCUUCUCAGGCCCUGACCAAAGCAAUGGUCAAGCAAGCAGCCUUCCUGGCUCCAGAUGGUUCCAUGGCCCAGAAGAGCGUUUCUACAGAGCAGCCCCCUCCCAGAAUGGCUUCUCAGGCCCUGACAAAAACAGUGGUCAAGCAACCAGCCUUCCUGGUUCCAGAUGGCUCUCUGACCCAGAGAAGUGUUUCCAUAGAUCAGCUCUCUUCCAGAAUGGCUUCUCAGGCUCUGACCAAAGCAGUGGCCAAACAACCAGCCUUCCUGGUUCCAGAGGGCUCCAUGGCCCAGAGGAGCAUUUCCUCAGAUCAGCUGUCUCCCAGAAUGCAUUCUCAGGCUCUGACAAAAACAGUGGUCAAACAACCAGCCUUCCUGGUUCCAGACGGCUCCCUGACCCAGAGGAGCGUUUCCACAGAUCAGCUCUCUUCCAGAAUGGCUUCUCAGGCCCUGACCAAGGCAGUGGUCAGGCAACAAGUCUCCGCAGCUCCAGAAAAGUUUGCCACCAAGAGGGUUGCUUCUAUAGAGCCCUGGCCUUCCAAGAAGCCUUCCCAGUCCCCUGGGAGAUACAGAGUCCAGCAAAUAUCAUACAAUUUUGAGAGUGUUGCCGCCCAGACAGCCAUGUAUGUGAAGCCAGUGGCUUCCAAAUAUCCUACCCAGUUCUCAUCAAGGUCUAAGGUUCAGGAGAUGUCCUCACGUAUAGAGAAUACCGUUGCUGAAAGAUCCGCUAAGAAACCGCCAGUGUCCAGGCAUCCUUCCCAGUCGUUUGUGAAGUUUAUGGCAGAAAAAGUGUUUUCGGAGAGCGCUGCUAAUUCUCUAUCUACAAAUCAACUUUCCAAAUCUUUCUUGAGGUCUAAAGUCCAGUACCCAGUUUUCUUGGGCCCAGAGAAUGCCAGUACCGAGGGAGCCGUCUCUUCCAAGCUGCUGCCCCUCGCACACCCUUUACAGCCCUUGGGGAGGCCGGGAGGCCCCAGGGAAGUUCUCCCACGUUCAGAAAGUGUCCCCACCAAGCCGAAGCAGAGCAGUUCCAAGGAGCAGGGGCCCCCCAGACACCUUUUCAUGGCACCGGCCAAGCUCGAGUACCAGCAAGUCUCCUCAGCCUCUCAGAGCUCUCCUGAAAUAUGGAAGAGUUCUGAAGAGCCACUGCCUUCCAGAGGCCCUCACCAAGCCAAGGAGGGGGCUGAAUUACAGCCACGGCUUUUCUUGGCAGGUCCAGCGAGCGUCCCUGGAGAUUGGAACAGGUCUGAGGAGCACCAGCCUCGCCAUCGCAGAUACCCUUGCCAGGUGUUGACAGAGCCUGAGUACCUGCCACAGGUGCGUCGAGGCUCUGUGAGUGCUGCCGCAGUAGGCGCCACCUCUGAGAGCCAUCCAGGAAGCUGGUCCCUCUCAAGAGGCCCAGCUUCUCCAAACAAGACCAGGAAAUUUCGACAAGUCUCUGAAGACCUCCUUAAGAAUACCCUGCUUCCAGAUCCCAAACCCAUGAAGUUCACUACGGCUUCUACCAGGCAGACCUCCACUGUGGGGGGCACUUACUCCAAGGGAGAGGGUCUCAAGAGCAGUGAUCGAAAUAAUAGCCAUCCAUAUGAAUCCACCAGUGAGACUGGCGUUGAAACCAUUUUUGGAGUUCGCCUGAGAAAAGUCCCUUCCUUGAAGAAGUACAAGAGUGAGAAACAAGAUGACAUUUUAAAGUUUUCUUCACUCUCCUUGGGCCCGAUUUCAUCUUCCACAGAACAGCAAAUCAAAAGAAGCUUUUCCCAGGGGCUCCAGGGCACUGCAGAAAACCCCGGCACAGCAUCUGACCUUGCAGAGAAGCAACAGACCAAGCCCCAGUCUGAAAGCAUGGCCAAGAAGCAACCCAUUUAUAAGGUCCCAGGGAAGGCUCUUGGCCAACACUCAGAUUGCACAGCCUCAGAGCCAGCUUGGAUAACCAUGGUAAAGCAGAAGCAGAAGAGUUCCCAGGUCCAAAUUCCCAAGAAAGAGACAAAAACCAAGAACAAAGCUGGAGCCAAGCCUGAGGCCAAAGAGCCUAGACAUGGGGGAGAACUUGCGGCAACCCACAGAACACUCCAGAAGGGAGCUGGCCUUGCAACUGAAAACCAAUCCAGAAAGACUUUUGCUUCUGAUGUCAAUAAACUGGAGAAGACGGCAGAGAAGAAGCUACCUAAGUUUACCAAAGCAGGAUUCAAAGAUCAGAAGAUAGCUCAAAUGCCUGCCAUGGCCAAAGAAACCAGGCGGUCUUCCACUCUCCCAGCUGUGGUCCAGGCGCCAGCAGAGCCGGAAGAGCCAGUCUGGUUCUCCCUGGCCAAGGAGAAAGCCAAAGCUUGGACCCAUAUAUCGGAAAUCAUGCAGUAAACAGCUCCCAGUGCGAGGAAUUGUUGCCAAUAGUCGCAUUAACGCUAUGUAGUGAUUUAUUUCCUACAACCACUUUCUAUUAAGCAAAAGCACCUUAAAAGCACAAUUAAAGCCAGUAAGUAUUUUAACAUAACAAAUGACGUGAAAGCCUAACCCUCACUCAGUACAGUCACCGCCAACAUCUGAAAACCCAGCCUUUCCUCUACAAAAGCAAUGUGACAUGUUUCACUCUGGACAGCGAGCUUUAGAAGAGAGGAAGCAAAAAACAUUUUGUGAGAGCUACUGAGAGGUGGUGGCCAUUUCCCUUGAUCAAAUAAAUUCCCUCGGAUGGAAAUGGCCUGAUGAUCUGGCCCAAGGACUGGCCUUCAGGUCAGGAGCCUGGCUAAAUGCUUCCGUUCUUUGAUUGCUGCUCCAAGCUUCACAAAGGCCCUGAGAAGAGGUGGUGGGACGGAAAAUUCUGGGUCUCUGAGAAAAGUUUUGCACAGCCAGUCCCCCAGUUAGCCAUUGCCCUUUGAGACACCACUCUCGUAUCCCUGCACAGCCCCCCGAAUCCCUGCAACUUCUAGAACGUUCUCUCUUUGCACACGCCCACAUUGCCAAUUUCGCACCAGUGAGCACCUCCCUAGGAGGCAGAAUUUUUCUUGAUGAUUCUCGUGCUCCCCUAGAUGGUUAGCUCAUCAGUAUUUGACCUCUUAUCCCAAGACCAUUGAGACUCUCUAGUUGCUGAGAAAUACACCAAAUGCUGUAUAUAUGCUGUUUUUUUAAGCACUCAAGACCCCGGGCUCCUGGAGAGCUCUUGACGCCAGCUUUAAGGAAGACACCUUCCCAUAGCCCAGUUUCUAGUCUCUCCCCCUCAGCAGCUUCUGUUUCACAAGAUUUUAGCCCAAAGCCAGAUUGCAACCCCAAAGCCUGAGAACAAUUAACUUUCUGCAAACUGGAAGCCUUAGGUGAUGAAAUCAGAUAAACUUCUACUUCCCCUCAUUCCUGAAGGCACAUACCUCAGAAGUCACUAGACUGGAUAGGUCCCUGCACACCCUGUCCCCAGUGAGCCAGUCCCCCAAGUCCUUUCCCUCUAUUCCAUCUCCCAAACAUACCAAACACUAAGGGAGCGCUCCCCUUGGAUGCCUGGACAGGCCCUAGCUCAUUUUCUUAGGAGACCCAGAAGUUUCUUCUCGCUAUAACUCUCACUGUGUCUGCCAUCUAACCGUAACUUCAAAUUCUGAGUGGGGUGCUGCCUUCUAUAAGAAAAAAAAAAUCAUAGAAGCAGUGAGGUGCCAGAGCAAAUUUAAAUCCUUGGGGCUUGGUUUUGAUGAUGGUAUAACAUGACAUUGUAGAGUCAUAUGCUGGCUUUUGCAUUUUCUUGAUAAAACAUCUUUUUCUGAUACUGUAUCUUUGCCAUUCUGAUAAUGUUAGGUUUUAGAGUGAUUGAGUUUGAUUUCCUUUCUACUUCCAUAGUGAACAGUUUAUUUCGGUAGAUGCCCUUUAGUCCAGUGACCCUGGUAAUUAGUUCCUACCCCCUUUCUUUAGAGUAGACCACUAUUAGUUUUUUUUUCUCACUCUAAGACCUAUCCAUUAAUAAUUUCUUCUCCACAGUUAACCUCCUUACUUAAAAAGAGUUUUGUUAAGUUUUUUUAAUGCCUGGAUGCGCAUUCUUACAAGUUUUCAGCUUCUUUUAGCAUUUGUGGUUUUCACUAUAUAUACGCAACACAAAUAAAUUCAAUAAAGCUUGU